AGUCUAGCUACCCUAAGGUUUCAAUCUGAUUGAAAUCCUCUCAGAUACCUUUUUGGAUGAAUAGAUUCUUCGCAGCUAUGGAUCUUGUAGGUUUUUCUAUCAGGCUGCAAAUGUUCCUCAGCACAUGUCUUGGACUGGAAUUUUUAGGCACUCCCGGUCAGUGGGCACGCUACCUUCGCUGGGACGCCAGCACCCGCGGUGACCUUAGCUUCCAAUUCAAGACAGAGGCCUCAGAGGCACUGAUGCUGUAUUUCGAUGACGGCGGCUACUGUGACUUUCUGCAGCUGUCGGUGGUGGAGGGCCAGCUGCAGCUGCGCUUCAGCAUCGACUGUGCCGAGACCACAGUUGUGUCAGACAGACGGGUGGACGACGGCAGCUGGCAUUUUGCCACUCUGAGCAGGUAUAACCUGCGUACAGUGCUGGUACUGGAUGGCCAGGCCACAGCUGAUGAGGUGCGGCCACAGCGACAGUUCAUGAAAAUAGUCAGCGACCUGUUCCUGGGUGGAGUGCCUCAGGAUAUCCGCAAUGGUGCACUCACUCUGCCCACAGCGCGAAACAUGCAGCCCUUCCAGGGCACAAUUACAGACCUCAAAUAUGGAAUCUCGCAGCCCCUGUUUCUGGGAAGCCUCAAGGUGCCUCUGGAGUCAGAAGGAUGGUGCACUGUGAACCCAUGUGAGAAUGGUGGUACAUGCUCAGUGGUGGAUGGAGAUCCCAUCUGCGACUGCUCCAAAACCGAGUACAGGGGCCGCUUCUGCAAUGAAGAGGUCAUCAGUAAUAUGCCAGGCCUUGCACAUAUGAUGGCAGAACAAGAGUGCCCCCCCGGUCCUCCCCAAUUUCCUCCUCCUCCCUCUCUGUUCUGUAACCAUGGUGACAGUCAGCUGAGAAAUGGCAACCGUGGCCCUUCAUUAGGUAUCAACACUGGCUCCGACAGCCCAGAUAAUAGCCAAUAA